AUGGGUGAAGCCGGAUAUGCAGAAAAGCGUAUCUCAGAAGCAUACUUGAUAGCGCCGGCACUGCACUUUCCUCCAUCCUUCCAGCCUCAGCCAGGAUUGCUUCCAACCCCAAAAGCCGCGUUGGAUAAAAAUUUAUAUUUAUUGAACUCUAAGCACAUUGAUUACGCCGUCGCCAAAGUUGAUACCUUCUCCUUCUUGGGUUCGAAUUUUCAAUGGUACAGAAAGCAGUGCAGCACACGCCUCUUCUGUCCAGCUAAAGCAAUUAAGCAAAACCCCUUCUCUUGCGAAAUCUCGUCCUUCUUAUGGAUUCAACAAUGUUAUGAGCUCCUAUCACUUAUCAACACCGCAUUUGCAAAGCUAGUUGUGGACAUAGGCUACCCCGUCAACCGCUGGGAAGUUAUUUCUCUUCACCAGUAUCUCAAUUGCAGCUUCCAUUUGCUGGAGCUUCUAAACUCUGUUAGUUCCUCUCUUUCUCAUCUGACGCACGCUCGCCUUUCCUUUGCUCUCGCUCUCACCCUCCUCCAGAAUUCACCUUCUUUGGCGAUCAAGCAUCUCAAAGCAGUUCAGCCUCAAGGUUCAAGCAAGGACUAUAGAGGACAGCAAGACAGGGAAGACGGUGACAAGUACAACAACUUCAGCUGCUGCCCCUGGAAGGAAAAGCUAGUAGUCAAGCUUUAAUGGCAAUAAAGAAUAUUGGCUUUUGGGUAUGUGGCGUUGUUUUGGCUACCUUGUCGGAGAGGCUAAACCAUACUUGGAGAUCAAGCAAUUGAUUGCCACCUCCAAUAGUGCUUCGUUAAACCCAGUAGAUUCAUGUAUUUAUGACGUUAUAGUAGAGAAAGGUGAGAUACUGAGAGAGGUUAUGGAGCUUAAUAAUGCAGCAGCUUCCCUAGCAUCAGCCAUGGUCUCUGGGAAAAGCAGUGAUGCGGCCAAGGAUUUGGAGACAAGGUUGGGUGUUUUGGGGAAGCAGCAGGAAGCUUUGGAGAAGCAGGUCCAUUAUUUGUUCUCCAAAGUAUUCGCAGCCCGAAAAGAACUGCUUCUUAGUGUUCGACAAUGCAAGAAAUAACCUCAAUUUCUGAUCAACUUUUAAAUGGUUUUUUGGACAACAUUCGUUUGAUGACAGUAAUUGUAUUUGUAUUUGCAAAACUAACCACGGAAAUAGAACUGCAUCAUGUCAGUUUCAAGUUUUGAA